AAGAUGGCUGCUUCGGCGGCAACAGCGAGUUCUCCCCCCGGUUUGUGUCCAAAUUACGCAGUGGUUUGCUCGUUCCUGGAGCGAUACGGAGCCCUGUUGGACUUGCCGGAGCUCACCUUCCCUCAGCUGGAAAGAUACCUGCAGGACACAUCCUCAGUUCCAAAGCUGCUGGUUGAUCUUCACGUCAAGUUGCUGAGGAAGAUUGGGAAGUCGGUUUCUGCAGACAGAUGGGAGAAAUACCUCGUCAAGAUAUGCCAGGAGUUCAACACAACCUGGGCUUGGGAGCUGGAGCAGAACGGAUACAAGGAGCUGUCCAUGGAGUGCAAGACCGAUAUCCUCAAGUAUUUGUGUGAGAUCCAGUUUGACGAGAACGUGAAGUUCAAAACCGCCAUCAACGAUGAAGAUCCGGACAAAAUGCGCCUGCAGCCGAUUGGCCGGGACAAGGACGGGCAGAUGUACUGGUUCCAGCUGGACCAGGACGACAACGUGCGGGUUUACGUGGAGGAGCAGGACGACCUGGACGGCGCGUCGUGGAAAUGCAUCGUCAGAACCAGAAAUGACCUGGCUGAAGUUGUUGCUCUCCUGAAGACACAAAUCGACCCUGAGCUGCUGAAGAGAGACCUGGAACAGAAAAGUAAAGCAGAGGGGGAGACGGACAAAGACAAAGGUGACACAAAAAGGACUGACGAUACGUCUGAUGAAGGGACAGAAAACUCAGAGUUGAAACCAGAAGCCAAACUGUCACUAAAUGGUGUCUUUGAAGCUAAACCGGAGCCAGAACUCGUGUCAGAAACCAUCAGCACGAAGGCUCAGAGCAUCAAAGAGGAGCCGAUGGAGGCGACAGACUCCAAACUGCCUCUGACUGACCCAACGCCGCCCUGCACCGCCGUAAAGGGAGAGGAGGUGAAGAAGAGCGGGUCAGAGGAGAUCCAGCAAACUCUAAAAAAUGACCAGCAGGCCAAAAUCCCGCUGAAGAAACGGGGAAUGAAGUUCAGCGAGGACUUUGGUGAGAAAAACGGCACCAUCACGGCACAAAAUCCGUCUGUUCCCGAGUCAAAUCCAGAGCAGAAAGUCCAGAGAAUAAACGAUCAGGUGAACGGCGAAGUUCUGCCUCCAGUGGACAGAGAACCAGAGAAACAGAAGAGUGAAGAUAAACCCACGGAAAACCUUCCUGCUGUUGCAGGCGGCGAUAAAUCACUCGAGGAUGACUCAACAAGAACGGAAGAGAAGAAAACGGAAAACAGAGAAACAAACAAACCUCCCCAAGAAGCAACGCUGGUGUGUGAAGUCGGGGACAAAUCAUCCACUCAGGAAGAGGAGGAGAAAAUGGACGAUUCCGAACCAGCAGACGUCAAAGCGAGAGAAACAGAUAAAGCUAAUCCUGGUGUUACAUCUGCAGAGUUGGAGGGAAAGUCAUCCUGCGUGAAAACGGACGCGCCCAAGUCGAAGAAAGAGUUGAGUAUUGGCGAGUUGGAUUCAUCAGAAGCGAAAGAAAUGAAGGAAAGCAUCAAAACUAAAGACGUGGAUCUUGCAGAGGAAGCUUCUGCAGAGAAAGAUCAGAUGAUAAAAGAUCUUGUAGAGAAAGAUCAGACGAUAAAAGAUCUUGCAGAGAAAGAUCAGACGAUGAGAGAUCCCGCAGAGAAAGAUCAGACGAAUAAAGAUCUUCCAGAGAAAGAUCAGACGAUGAGAGAUCCCGCAGAGAAAGAUCAGACGAAUAAAGAUCUUCCAGAGAAAGAUCAGACGAUGAGAGAUCCCGCAGAGAAAGAUCAGACGAGAGAUCCCGCAGAGAAAGAUCAGACGAUGAGAGAUCCCGCAGAGAAAGAUCAGACGAUGAGAGAUCCCGCAGAGAAAGAUCAGACGAUGAGAGAUCCCGCAGAGAAAGAUCAGACGAAUAAAGAUCUUCCAGAGAAAGAUCAGACGAUGAGAGAUCCCGCAGAGAAAGAUCAGACGAUGAGAGAUCCCGCAGAGAAGGAUCAGACGAUGAGAGAUCCCGCAGAGAAGGAUCAGACGAUGAGAGAUCCCGCAGAGAAGGAUCAGACGAUGAGAGAUCCCGCAGAGAAGGAUAAGACGAUGAAAGAUCCCGCAGAGAAGGAUAAGACGAUGAUAGGUCUUGCAGAGAAAGAUCAGACGAUGACAGAUCCCGCAGAGAAAGAUCAGACGAUGACAGAUCCCGCAGAGAAAGAUCAGACGAUGACAGAUCCCGCAGAGAAAGAUCAGACGAUGACAGAUCCCGCAGAGAAAGAUCAGACGAUGACAGAUCCCGCAGAGAAAGAUCAGACGAUGAGAGAUCCCGCAGAGAAAGAUCAGACGAUGAGAGAUCCCGCAGAGAAAGAUCAGACGAUGAGAGAUCCCGCAGACAAAGAUCAGACGAUGAGAGAUCCCGCAGACAAAGAUCUAGUGACAAAAGUUACUGCAGGCAAGGGUCCGACAGAGAAAGAUUUUGCAAAGAAAGAUUCAAUGGAAAAAGAUCCUAUUGCAAAAGAUCCAACAAUAAAGGAGCUAAUGAUAAAGGAUCCUGCAGAGAAAAAUCCUCCAAAGAAAGAUUCAAUAACAAAAGAUCCUGAAGAGAAAGAUCCGACAAAGAUUUCGGUAGAGAAAGAUCCUGUGGCAAACGAUCAGUUGAUAAAAGAUUCAAUGACAAAAAGUCUUGGAGAGAAAAUUUGUGCAGAAAAAGAUGCUGUAGUGAAAGAUUUGACAAAAGUUUCUGCAGAGAAAGACCCUACAAAGAAGGAUUUGACGACAAAAGAUUCUGUAGAAACAGAUCAGACAAAAAUUGUCUCUGGUGAAAUCGAUUCUGUUGAGAAAGAUCUGGUGACAAAAGUUCCAGUGGAGAAAGAUCCUGCAGAGAAGGAUUUAACAAAAAAUGUUGUGUCAAAAGAUUCAACAAUGAAAGAUUUAACUGCCAAAAAUCCUUUAGAGAUGGAGUCUGCAAAGAAGGAUCAGAUGACAAAAAUGACUGCAGAAAAGGGCCCUGUGGCCAAAAAUUUGACGAAAGAUCCAACAAUAAAAGAUCCUGCAGAAAGAGAUCCAGCAAAACAAGAUUCUGCAGAGGAAGAUCCUGUAGAAAAGAAUCCUGUGGCUAAAGAUGCAAUGAAAACAAGUCUUGUGGAGAAAGCUCUGCCUGAGAAGGAUUCAACAAUACAAGAUCCUACGGUACAAGAUGCUUCAGAUAAAGAUGCUGCACAGAAAUCUGCUGAACCUAAAGCUACGAUAAUUCAGUGUGCUGAUGCAAAAACAGACAAACCAAUGAUCACUGACAAAUCAGGAGAGAGAACAGAAGCGCCUCAUGUAUCCAAGGACAAAUCAGAGUCAAGUACACCCAGCAGGAAGAGUGACGACGUCGAAGAGGUGAGUUCAGAACAUCAGCAAGACGUAAAGAAAGAUUCAAACUGUAAAGAUGGUAUGAUAUGCGACUCCAGGCCGACAGGAGAAGAAUCAGGUGAUGAAAACAAUCGGACGAAGACGCAAACCGUUGAGAAAAACUCUGAACAGAAACCCUGUGAACGGACAGAUAAACCAUCCAGUCCUGCCGAGAAGAAAAAAUCCCCCAAAGAAACAGAAUCUAAACAGAAAGAGGAGAAAGUGUCGUUGAUGGCCAAGGACCCACCGUCAGAAAAUCAAGAAAUUUUGGCUAACAAAGGAAAGGAAGAAGAUUCUCAAAAAAGUGAAAUAACGGAUGAAAAAGCUCAGAAGCAGAACAAAAUUGAGUCGAGUCCAACAAAUUCAAGCAAAGAAUCCGAGUCCUCAAAAGAAACGGAGGAAAAACAAACCAAAGGAGCAGCAGGCGACGCGCCUGCAGACUGCGGCAGGAAACAGGAACAGGUGCGGAACGGCGACAGAGGCUCUCCGCCACCAGGAGGCGCUCGCCGACGAAACAAGCCACCGGCGCACAGGAGGAGAGCUGAGCUGCAGAGGGAGGAUCGCCACGGUGACUCGGAGUCGGACACGAACACGGGGCGAUGUCUGAGGCGGUCGCCGAGGAUCUCCAGGCCAACGCAGAAGGCCGUGGAGGUUCAGGAGAAGAAGACGGAGAAAGCCCUACCCACUCCUCUUCCUCAGGACCGUGACGAAGACCAAGACAAGAAAGAAGAAGAAGAGGAGGAGGAAGAGGAAAAGGUGCAGGUGAAGACUGUUCAGAAGAAACCCAAAGAGAAAAAGACUGAUCAGGAGGGCCAGCCAAAACCCAAAGGGAGAAAAAGACGGAGAACUCGUUGGUCCAACACUCGAACGCGCAGGAAAAGGAAAAACUCCGACGACGAGGACGAGAACAGCGAGGAGUCAUCGAGCGAGGAGGAGGAGAGCGAGGAGGAAGACGACAGCGACGAAGACUACAAGGUCGAACGAAACCGGAAGAGGAGGAACCGGAACCGGGAGAGGCGGAGCUCGGACUCUUCCACGUCUUCCGACGACGAUCUACCUCCAAACGACGACCCCUGCAAACACUGUGGUCUUCCAAACCAUCCUGAGCUGAUCUUGCUGUGCGACUCGUGUGACAGCGGCUACCACACCGCCUGCCUGCGGCCGCCCCUCAUGGUCAUCCCGGACGGAGAAUGGUUCUGCCCGCCCUGUCAGCACAAGCAGCUCUGCGACAAACUGGAGGAGCAGCUGCUGAACCUCGACGCCUCAUUGAAGAAGAAGGAGCGGGCCGAGAGGAGGAAGGAACGGCUGAUUUAUGUGGGAAUCAGCGUCGAGAACAUCAUCACGCCUUCUGUGGAGGUGGAGCAAGAAAAACCCGAGAUCAUCAUCAAGGAGAAGAAAGAAGCAAAGCGGAGUAAGAGCUGGGGCCGCAGAUCGACGAGGGCCAAGAAAACCAUCAGCUACAGAUUUGAUGAAUUUGAUGAAGCAAUCGAGGAGGCCAUCGAGGAAGACAUCAAAGAAGCAGAAGGUGGAGGAGCCGGUCGGGGUAAGGACAUGGCGAACAUCACGGGCCACAGAGGCAAGGACAUCUCCACCAUCCUGCAGGCGGAGGAAGGGAAAGAGAACGGCCGUCCGCCGCGACCCAACGCCGCCCAGCGCAGGAAGAAGCGCCGGCGACUCAACGACCUGGACAGCGACAGCACCGUGGACGAAGAGGAGAGCGAGGAAGAGUUUCGCCUCAGUGAAACCUCGGAGGAAGAGUUUGUCGUCUCCGACAACGAGACGGAGCCAGAAACGGAGGCGGAGUCGAACGGCAGCGACCACGGCGGGCGGCGCCACGCGUCGUCAUGGAGCCGUAGGCCGCAGAAACGCAGGCAGAGCUCCAGGAAGAGGAGGAGACCCAAGUGGUACUCAGACGAUGAAGAGGAGGAGACGGAUGACGAAGUGGAGGAGGACGACGACAUUGAGACGGAACGAUCGAGUGACUACAGCGACAGCGACCUGGACAUGAGUCGGCGGCGGUCCCGGCGGAGCCACAAGAAGGAGGUGAACUACUGCGAGACGUCGGGGUCCGAAGGCUCACAGGCCGGAACCAACCGGGCCAAGAUAAAACCCAGGCGGUGCCACGAGAGCUCCGACAGCGACGCGAGUUUCUCCAGAGACUCUGAUGACGAGUUGAAGGACCUGAAGGUGAAGCGAAGAGUCGAUUCAUCAGAAGAAGAUUCCCGGCAGCGGCGCAGGCGGCUGGCGCUGAAACGCAGGCGAGUGUCUCGAGACUCGGACUCGGACUCUGACUCAGACGACUCUUCAGAGGAGGAUCGGCCAAUCCGAAAGCGGGUGAACCGCAUCGACUCGGAUGACGAUGAUGAGGAGGAGCAGCAGGUGGAGGAAAAGCCUAAGGAGACGAAGGUGGAGGAGGAAGAUUCAAAGGGAACAAACUCGUUGGACAGUCGCCCGGCAGACAAGCAGCCCGCUGCAAACGGACAAAGCGAGAUGAAGAGCUUGGACGGCGUCGGCGCUCCACACCUGGAGACGCCUAAAACUGUGAGUUCCACACCGGCCGCCGCCGCCGCCGCCCCGAACGGACUGGCAGGACAGGAAAUGGCGGCGCAGGACGACGACGAGGACGACCUGUUAGGAGUCACAGACUUGGUGGACUACGUCUGCAAUAACGAACAAUUGUAAAAAGACAACAGAAAUGGUGUACCGUUUAUUAUUUUUAUUAUUUUUUGUGGUAUUGUAUUUUUAUAUUGCUUAACUUUAUUAUUCCCUCCCCCUUCCAACAGUUGUUGUGGUUUUUAUCUCGACAUGGAGCUUCGUUCUCGGCGUCAACACAUCAUCAGAUCCUCCACUGCCAAACCUGUCGUCGUUUUUCCUCCCAGCUGUUUUUUUUUUUUUGUAGAUUUGUAUCUGUUGAAGCACUAACACACAUUUAUAAAAUCUGGCACUGAAACAGUUUGUACUUUGAACAGUUGGUUACUGUUAGAUUGCUUGUCUGACUUAAAGUAUCAUUCCAUACUAAGGAUGCACCGACUGCAGCUUCCUGGCUGAUUGAUCAUCUUUUAAAAGAGAUGCCGAUUUUUUUUGUUUUUUCUUUUUCUUUAUCUCUUGCACAGCUGAUGCUGUGACAGUCGCCAAGUUGAUAACAGUGGGGUGGAGUUAAACAAUAGAGGAGAAAAUAUUUUAUAUUAUUAGUUAUUUUUGAGACCAUGAUUCAAUUCAAAUUCAAAACAAUAAUUUCUGCUUUAAUCUAAUGAGUGAAAGAUCCUCAUAAUCUACUCCAGUCUGCUUUGCAAUUCAGAAACACAAACUAAGAAUCACGUUUUAAGAAAAUGGAGGCCGAAAGACAAAUUUGUUUUCAUGAAAUCGGUUUUGGGACAUUUUAAACAAUUCUGAAUGAUAGUAAGUGAUACUUUGGGAAUCUUGUGUAAAUCACUGUUUUUGUUUGGCAUAUAAUCGGUUUCAUAUGCAAGAACCGGCCGAUUUAUCUGUGCACCAGCUUUCCCUCUGAAACAUAUAUGGUUGCAAAGUCUUUUAGAGAUUUUUAACAUUCAUAAGUAAAUAUUGGAAUUUGCUCAAACAUUCUAGCUUACAAUGUUUGGCUUAACUAAUAUUUCCACAGACAUUACAACUUCUAAUCUGCGAACUACAAGUUUACUUUAAAUUUGCAGUUAGUUGUUAGAGGAUCUGACCCCUACUGGUAGUCCAGGUGUAUUUCAGGGGGGUUGUAAAUUAAAAUGUGUUCUAAAUAUCUAAAAGGAAGAACUUUUUAUUCAAAUAAAAACACCCAGUUGACAUUUUUUAGCUUCCAAAAAUAAAUGUUUUCUCGUAAAGUGGCGUUUUGAUUUCUUAGCCUUGUCCUGUUUUUUAGCUGACUAAUCGUUCUCUGUAAAUCACAUCAUGAAUAAGCUAACCCUUAAAACAGCUGGAUCACACUGGCCAGCAUCUGGAAAUCUGCGUUCUCCUUUCCCACCAUCCGUUUUCCAUCCGUCUCGUGUUCAAGGUGUGAAUGUAUCCGAGUGACCAACCUGUAUUUUUUUUCACCCCUCCCUUCUUUUUGAACUUUUGUAUUUGAGUGUUAGCGUAGAUUUUUUUUGUAUAUUGUAUACAUUGUGUAAUUAUUUGCAUUCUGUGUAAUGCCUUCAGCGCCUGUGGUGAGCUGAAACUUAAACUAUUAUCCCUCCUAAUCCUCAGAACUUGCUUCAUAUUUCAUUUUUCGGUAUUUUUUUUAUUUUAUUUGUAUAUCUAAACCGUUAUUUGAGUAAAAAUGUAAAGUGUCUUAUUUUUAUGUACAUUGUCUCUCAUUGCAUGUUUAAAAUCAUGCGGCUCCAUGGUAACGUUAUUUUCCUCGCCCUUCCAGCACUUCUUUUGUUUUCAUAAUCUUGAACCCGAGUCGCGUUUUUCUGGAUUUAUCCCCAAAGGUUCAACAUGAUGGAAAAUCGGUGUAAUGAGCAGCUUCGAAGUAAAACUGCAAAGUUUUUCACAGGAGGAAUGGACAUGAAAAAUGAAAACCAAUGACUAUACUGACCUCUGCUGGAACCAGUCUGUGUGUAUAUCUGUAGUUUUUGCUGUAAUAUAUUUAGAGGCAUUUUGUAAUCAUGGAAAAGGAAAUAUAUUGGGCAAUUCUUUGGGAUUGCAUGGGUUUCUAUUAGUUUUUGUUUUUUUGUAGGGAAGUAUAUUGGCACAACAGUUUUUAUAGCAAAAUCAAAAGAAUCUGGGCAUGUUUUACAGAUGUGUGUCUCCUGACCUGUUUUGUUGGUGCUGAGGACGUUGUGUCAUAGGCAUGCGCUGACCAAGUGAAGGGGGCUGGGAUGACCUGACUUCAGAGAGAAUAUUGUAAAAUUUUUGUAAAUUACUCUUGAGCGCCGCCUCCACAGAAUAAGUUGCUCUGUUGACCGGAAACACGACUUCCAAGAAGAAAAACCUCUACAAGCUGCUUACAGUGAACACAAAUGUUAGGAUAUUUGGGCUUCAGCUGGACAGAAUUUAGAAAACCAAAAUAUAAAAGUAUAAUAAAUGUGUUCUGGUGGACUGAGAAAUCUAUUGAUAUGUAUUGCAUAGAAACAAAAUUAGAGGGGUCGGUGAAAAAGACCAGUGCCAACGACUGAAGUGUUAACUGUUUCCUUUUUACCUCAUGAUGAAGCUGGAAAGAAAGAAACCCUGUCCACUGUGCAUAGUUCCUAGUAGACGGAUUGUGUUUUGUCUGCUAUAUACUUUUGUUUGUUUACUGCUAUUUCUUAUGGAUCGGCUCUUGUACAUUUCUUAUAAUAAACUGGGUUUUAAGCCUUA